AUGGGUGGUGUGUUGAGUAUUAUACCAAUACUAUGUAACCAACGACAGGACCACAACAGACCAUCGCCGCCGAUCGAUGAGUUGUUAAUGUACAACAAGUGGAAAUCGAACGAUUUGCUGUAUGAAUAUGUGAAGUCGAAGAGGCAGAGACUGCAGAACCGAGAAAUGGGGCAUACACAGAGAUUAAUAGCCAAGUAUUCCUCUUGCAAGUUUCCAGGUUGUAAGUGUAAAGGAGGGACUUUUACAGGAAUUGAACGUGAUAAUUUUGGAUGGAUAAAUAGUAUUUGCACCCGGUCUGGUUGUAAUCAUCAACUAUCUGAUCAUAUAGAACAUUUAAGAGAUGCUUCAACUGUGGAAUUUACGGUGUUAAUGAAAUUGAUAUUUGAUAUCAUUAAUACAAAACUAACUUUAAAAAAUGUAUCUAAAAAGCCCAAAUCAGAGAGAAAUAUUUUGUUAAAAUUCAUUUUCGAAUUAGUUUAUAAUGUAUUGCAUAAAAGUGUCCUCAUUGACCCAUUUACACUCCCUAAUAUUGAUACAAUUUAUGGGUCUCCACCAUUUGAAAGGACUAACAUAGAACAAGUCUUGUUAAAUUUUUGUGUGCAUAUCUUUAAUGACAAUAAUAUUUUGGAGUUAGAAAAUGCACUUAUAGUCACCAAAUUUGUACUAAAAUAUUUUGAUACAUGGAUGUGGAACAUUCCACAAGAACUACUGAAAUAUAAUUCUCAAGAAUACUCGAAAAGUUAUAACUACUAUUAUCGUAGAUUUUUGCUGCAUUGUUGCUUGCCAAGGUGCAUUCAUUCAAUUUCUCUACGAUACAGACCUACUAAGAUUUUUGGUCAAGAUGUCUUAAAAUAUACUCUGAAAGCAUUCAGAAUUCAAUUGCAAGUUUGGUGUUACAAAAAAAAUAUAUUGUGGGAAGAACAUACAAAAUUAUUUUGCUUGAAUUAUUUUCCUAUAUACAUGGAUUUAUUGGAAAAGGAAGUAUUCAACGAUAAGUCACCAAUAUGGGACAUCAAUUACAAACUUCGAGAACGAAAAACUAAUAUUUUGGAAUAUUAA